CGCGGACAUUUGCGAAAUCUGUGCGAUUCUCUUGGGAUCACAAAGAUUUGGGGCCGUGUUGGGACUCGUUUGGGGCUCCACGAGGGCCGAAUCGAGCCCCAAGAUAGCCCCGAUACGCAAUCCGUAGCCAUUUUGGCUCAAGCUAUUCUAGCUUAGAACUGUUUUUGCCCACGCCUGUUGAGUUCUGGGCUUUUGCAUAAACUGUCCCCUUGGCUUUGAUUGGUAUUUUUGUUUGCGCCGAUGGCCGUGAUCCUGGCGAUUCUCCUCGCCUGUGCCGUGCGCACAGCCGCAUGGCGUUCCGAGGACACCUUGCCGGCCACGUCGUCGUUUGUAGAGUAUGCUGGCAAGUUCUGCUUUGACUACACGCCCCGCGGCGCCGGCAACGAGACCGCAGGCACAGAUGAUGCAGGCCUUCUGGAGCUUCAUGUCUGGGGCGAGGUAGAGCGUGCAGAGGAUGCUGACCACGAGCUGUACUUCAUGGUCUUCGACGACGAGUCCGAGCACUGGGGGCGCGUGCGAGGCCACCUGGAGGGUGCGAGCUGCGAGGAGCACCUCGCCGCCGCCACCCGCGCUGUGCCGCUCUCGCCUGGGCUCGCGGCCCCGCCCUUCGAGCUCACCUCGGAGCUGCUGAUCAAGGAGCACAUACGGCCCAGGUUCUGGCACUUCGAGUUCGUGAACUGCGGCCGGGGCGUGGCGCGGCCCCUGUCCUACUCGCUGCACGCGCGGAACACACACCAGGGCCUCCAGGCCGAGUUCGGCAUGAACGAGCACGGGUCGCUGUCGGCGAGCGCCUGCUUCGGGCUGCUCUUCUGCGCGCUCCUCGGGGCCGCCUGGGCCAGCAGGAGGGGCGAGAGCCGCUCGCGGCCUCUCCUCCGCCUCCUGGAGGGCUCGGCCGUCUGCUCGGCCGCGGGCUGCCUCUGCAUCGCCCUCAGCCAUGCGGCGUUCGCCCAGGACGGCAGGGAGCUCGUCCUGCUCAGGGUCCUCGGCGUGCUCUGCGCCUGCGCCGCGAAGGCCAUCCUCGUCCUGCUCCAGUUCUUGGUGGCGAAGGGCCUGGCGCUGGUCUACGGAGAGGAGGAGCAGCGCCUCCGCGCGGGGAUCACGGCCGCGCUCGCCGCCAUCUUCCUGCUGUCGGUGGGCUCCGAGAUCUACGGGGAGUUCUUCCGCGACCAGAGCGCCAGCCUCUACCUCUACGAGUCCUGGCCCGGCACCCUCAUCCUCGGCCUCAACCUCUGCCUCCUGGGUGCCGCCUGGGUGUCGACGUGGGACUCGUACUCCAAGGAGUCCGCGAGGGAGGUCCGCGCCUUCUACCGCCUCGCCUCGGUGGCCAACGGGGUCUACUUCGCCUCGCUGCCCGCCGUGUGUCUGCUGGCGAGCCUCCUGUCCCCGUGGGUGCGCUCGAAGUACGUCGAGAGGGUGGAGCUCACGGCGCGCCUGGCAGCUUCGGCCCUCUUCUUGCUCUGCCUCUGGCCCUCCCGCCUCGACGCGCUGGUCGGGGCCCGCCCCUCCAAGGGUCCGGCGCCGCUCGACUUCGAGGAGAGCGCCGACGAGGAGGAGGGCAGAGCGCUGGACGACUCCGAGCGGGAGCACCUGGACGAGCGGGGCGCGCCCCUCCUGUGAGAGCGGAGGCGUGGGCCGCGCACCGCCCCCCGGCGAGGCGGGUCGCCGAGGGCGGCUCGGCGGCCCCCCGGUCCGUGGCCUCCUGGGCUCCGAGCGCGCCCGUGGUGCAUGUCCCUGUCGACCGAAGUGCGAGGGUUGCUGUCUGCCGCUUGGGCGUGGGCCACGUGUCCGCCCUGCCACGCCGUGGCAGGCCAAGGCCCACUCCGCGUGUCCGCCGAAUUCGUCGCCGAUGAGCAGAGCCCGCAGCCAAGGUCUCCUUCUCCCCCUCAACGGGUCCCGAUCCUCCCUCCCCACCCGUCCUCUCCUCCAGCGCCGGCUGCUCGAGCCUGGACUAUUGGUCCGUCCUGCCGCUCUCGCGCCGCGCCGCUGUGAACCGCUGCUCCGAAGGUCAGACAUUCUGAUUUGCAGCCUCGGUCAUAUGUGCCAUGCUGUUUAGUGCCUGCCACGACUGCAGUCGAAGGGGCCCGACAACAAGUUGGGCUUGCUUUUUUUUGAAUUGAGGUCUGAGAGACCAGCAGGUCGCCCAGGAGGCAUCCCCCCCCCAAAAAAACAAAGAUAGUCCCGAUACGCAAUGACGGUGCGCGCGUUGGCCCACGG